AUGCACCGGCAGAGACGCUCGACGGUGGGGCUGCAACGGCACACUUGUCGACGUGGCAGUGGCAGCAGCACCAGCAGCAGCAGCAGCAGCGGCGACGCCGUCUCAGACUGUGAAAGUGCACCCGCCGGUACCCAUGGCGACCCACAGCAGCUUCUGGGCGCUGCGGGUCUGCCUUGGGUUGUCAGCCCCAAACUUGAUGAAGGGUGCGUUCCUCCCUUGAAGGUUGACGCUGCACUGCGAGAGCAUCAGCAGCAGAUGACGGCCAAAAUCAACGACCCAACAGUGGUAGCAGCUGCAGCAGUAACAGUGGUAGCAGAAACGGCGGCUGGCUGUGAGCAACGCCAGCCGCCCUUGCAACUAAAUGGUGAAGUCAUCGGAGCCAAUAGCGACGCCCCACUUGUUUCUGCAGCGUCUGCUGGGACGGUGCGAAACAAUGGGCUUAUGAGCACCACGAAUAGCAUUAGUAGCAACAGAACCAAGCGAAACACGCCGGUCUUAGCCGGCACCAGCGGCAGCCGAGGGAGCAGAACCAACAGCUGUACCACAAGGCCGGCCAAGAGAAGGGCAAGUGACAAGAGACUGACCUCCAGCUCUGCUGCUGGUGUGUUACCGAUGAAGCCGCACCAGCAGCAGCAACAACAGCUACUGUUGCAGCAACAGUUCGUGCAGCAGCAGCCGCAUAAUCAAAUGGUCCUGCAAGGGCCUUCAGGCUCAAGUGAGAUGCCUGACAGUUCCCUUCAGCAACAGAGGCAGCAGCCGCAUCUAUUUCAGCAGCAAACUUUCGUUAAGCAGCAGCGUGAGCAGCAGUUACUGCAGCAGCAGCAAUCACUGCAGCUGGAACAGCCAGUGGACCCGUCACAGCAGCAGUUACUGCAAGAACUGCAGCAGCCCGUGGACCACCGCCGGCAGCAGUUGUUGCAGGAGCAGCAGCCUGUGCAAGAGUAUCACAUAGUGCAGCGGCAGCAGGAGUCGAUGGUGCAGCGGCAGCAGCAGUCAGUGCAGCUGCAACAGCAGCAAUUUCUGCAGCAGCAGCAGCACUCUCUGCGGCAACAGGUUCAUAUGCUUCCUGCGCAAGAGUUCCCGCCACAUCAGGCCUUCCAGCCGCAGCAACAGCAGCAGCUGCUGCAGCAAUCAAUGUUGCUCCACAACGGGCCUCUGCCUUUUGUGUGUCCUGCGGCAGAGCCGGCAUUUGGGGGACUUCCUCUGCAGGAUGUGCCACAGGGGCCAUCAGCGUUAAAUCUGUACAGCCCCAAUAUGUCUCUGGGCCAAGUUUAUGCCCAACAGGCGCCGUUUGUUGCUGCGUCACGAAGUGGUGCUACUGGUGCUGUUCAUCCUGCAGGCAUAUCUGUGCAUAACGGCAGUAGCGACAGUAGCGGCAGCAACUGCAGCAGCAGUACUCAACGACUGAGCUUGCUGUCUGUAGAGGAAGGGUCCCGCGCGUACAGGGCGCCUGAGAUUGUUGUACCUGGUGGACCCUGCGGGGCCCCCUGUCGCCCUUGUGCAGGUCCUUCACUUCCAGAUGGGAGACAGGGAGACCCUAUAGGCAGCGAAACGUUUGUUGGUAGCAUGUUAUGCGGACCGAGCGCCCUGCCUCUAGGGGACGCUCAAGUGUCUGGCGACGCGUCUGCAUGCCUCAAGUUGUCUCACGGUUCUUCUGUCUUGGAGAACGUUCCUCUUGUGUCAGGAGGCCCACCUGCAGUAGGAGCUCAGGCCUCCUCAAGGACUCCCCCUGCAGCAGCGGGGACAGCCCCCGAGGCUAUCGCUCGGCAGUGCUAUCACCACCCUGUAAAAGGGGAGUGGCGAGCUCGAUACUUGGUAGGGGGGAAAAAAAGAAUGAAGAGUUUCAGUCUAAGGAGACACUCUAACGACGUCGCCUUGGCACUUGCAGAGAUGUUUCUUGUCUAUGUACACUUAACGGGAUCCCCAGCGACGGACCAAGAGGUACGCACAUGGCAUCAGGGCAUUCUGGCCCUCAGCCGUGCUGCUGCGGCUGCGGCUGCUGCUACUGGAACCAAAUUCGCUAAUACUGAAGGCGAAGAUGCCCAGCAACGGCCAAUGGCAACGGCAGCGGCUCCAGCAACAGAUGCAGGGAUACCUGCACAAGCAGAUGUCAAUGCAGCAUCUUGGCCUGUAGCGCAACCAGGUAGGGGAGGAGUCGCCGAUGAAGAGAGCCGCUCAGAUGCGUCAUCUUGGGUGGUGCCUCCAGAAUUAGAGGGACCUCGAGCGGAAGGCGCGGAUAGCACAGUCAUGGGGGGUGGCUGGCUUUCAUCUGGGGCUUGCCGAAGUUCCACCGUCCCAGACUGGCGAGAAUUGCUGUCGGCCCUAAAGACUCACCCAUGGGUCGCCAAGGGGUCGGCUGCUUAUGUACCAUCUACAGGUGUCUGGGACUAUAACCCUACUCUGCUUUUAGGGGGUCCACAGGGAACCCCGACCCCGCAGAUAUACAAAGGUUCCCAUGGCCUUGGCUGCUUCCAGCAUCCUUUAGGGUCUCCGAUGCCCCAGGGAAGUAUUACGACGGGCCCUGAGGAAGAACCGGUUCUCCCGCUGCCAACAGGUACCAACAACACGGGAUCCCCUUGCUUUGGAGCAAAAGGAAUCUCCAUGGGGGUCGCGCAGUCGUUGCCGCAGCAACGCCUGGCGCAGCAGCAGCAAGGGAUGUUCGGGGGUGCUGUUGCCGACACAGCAAUAGGUACUGUCAUGAAUAGGUCGGUAGGAACUUCUAUUUGUGGAUUAGCUACCGGCAGUGAAGCAUUAGACAGCAGCAAAAUGGGCGCCUACUCAAACUGGAGGGUUGAGAGCAUGCUGCAGGAGGGGUCUCCAAAGGACUGUGCUGAGCAGCAGUCGCAUCCUAUAGUGCCCCCGUUAGCACAAGCAGUGGGGAAUAUGGGCGUUUCCGCCAACAACAAAGGCUCUCAAGGGGCUCUGAGAAGAAAGUCGAAUGGUCAUCGCAGUGCUCAGAGCAGCAGAAAACAACAACAGCGCCAGCUGGUGCAGCAGCAGCACCCUGCGCCGCUUGGCGCGUUGCCACCUUCUCCUAGCUGCCACACAGAGCAGGGUUCCUUCAGUAUUCUGAGCAUUGAAGGAGGGAAAGUGUGGAGUCGGCAACAACAGCCGCUGUUGCCCGCUAUGGACUUCCCAGCAACUGCUCAUGACUCCGCAGAUGCGGCUACAUGCAACUGCUCCGCAUCGAGGAUUGCAUUGUGGGGCUGCAGUUGUAGUUUGAAGCUUCGAACGAGGCGUCCCCUACUGCCCUUACAAAGGGCCCGCCUGUCGGACUUUUUGCUUCUCUGUGGCAGCCUCGGCACGCGUGGGGCUGCCUUUGGCAUUGGCGCUUCGGAAAAAGCAACAGUCUUGUGGGAAAACUCGAGCGCUUUUGCUGCGUCGAUGACAUAUUCAGCUGCAGCAGCAGCAACCAUGCAGUUAGAGGAGGAGAUUCCUGGGAUGUGCCAGUGGGGCCUUCUGGGCAGUCGGUGGUUUAGCACGCUCCACCGCCUGCAGCAGCAGGAACAGGAACAGCAGCAGAGUGAAUGUAGUUUGGAGUCGUUGCUGCCAGUAAACUCUACAUCGGCUUCGGCAGAGGACGUUUCUAUAAAUGUGAAAGGUAAGGUAGUCACGGGACCUUCAUGCUUAGAGGCAAAAGAUAAUACGCCAAGAGAACCCCCUUCGGGGAUACCUCUUUUUCUAGCAGACGGCUUUCAAACAGACGCAGCGGCCACAGAAACACUUUUGGCGUGGAAACCGGUGCUGAGAACUCCAAGGGCUUCCUCCUUCCCUCCUAGAUGGUGUUGGAAUAGCAUUAAGGAGAACAGCACGUACAGCGACACAAGAAAUUGCAGCAGCAUUUGUAACAGGAAGCCCUUAUCAGAUCUAGUCAAGGGGUGCAAGGUCAACAGCAUCAAUUCGGUCUGCAGUGUGGCUGACACUGAUGACGCUGCUUCCAGGAGGCUUCUCGUACAGAAGCCCAUAGCAAAACGAGAGCCCAAAGCUGAAGAAGCGCUGGCGAAGGCAGACAUACAGCACACGGGGCAUCUCGUUAAGAACGAAGAAUGCCCUGAAACGUCUAGCUUUAAAGUAGGAUGCGCUGAAACCUGUGAGACUGCUCCAAACAAAGGAGAGGCAAAGGCGAAAGCAGCUCCACCUGUGCCAGCCCAUCAUAGCAGCAGCAGCCAGGACGGUUCAUCGGAAGACCUUGAAGGAAGCUACAACGAUAGGCUUUUACCAGUAGCAGUAGUUGCAAAGGCAGUAGCGGCGGCGACAAGAGCAGCUGGCGGAGUCCUUGACGAAAAGGCUGUCGCGGCUGUCAUGCGGCACUGGCGGCUUUUGGAGCUGAAAGCAGCAGAAGUGGCGCGCGAGUUGCGGUAUCUGGAGGUAGCGAUUCGUAGCAACGAGCAGACGGCACAGCUCUUGCAUGUGGCACUGCACUUAUGCCGCACGGCGGCUGCUGCUGCUGCCCUUCAGGAGGCGUACAAAGCGGGUUGCACUCAAGAAGCGCAUGCAGGGUUUCCUGAGAGCUCGGAUGAAGAUAAGACGUGCAAAGCACGGGAGCGUGCCCUGCAGCGAAUGCAGCUUCAACGCCAGCAUCUUGCUUCCACAGCCAUGGCUGCGCCACUAAGCGUUUUCAUUGAGGGUCUCAAGGCAGCGCGAAACAGCCGCAAGCCAGUUCUCACCCGUGCGACGGUGCAACAAGUAGCGGAGGAAAUAUCGCAGCGGCUCACUGCAGCCUUUUCUGACGUCAAAGGAGACACUUAUAAAGGCAAAAGCAGCAGCGGCUGCAGCAGCAGCAGUAUAAUUGCUAGUGUCGCGAACAGCAGCAGCUACGGCAAGUGGAGCCUUGCAUGGGGAACCGUUUCUCAAGUUUUGGAGGAGUGCAACUGCGAGGAAGCAAGGCUGCUACAGCUGCAGCAGCAGACAGACAGCUUGCUGGAGCACAAGGAGUCACUCGUGCGAGUGCUCGUUGACGAUAUUAAUAUGAUGUUGGCAAUAAUUGAUUGCCUUCUUUCAAGUGCAAGUGCAGACAAGGCCAAGGACCACCUGACAGCAACCGCGGAGCCUGUGGCUUUACUGACAGACCCAAGCCUCUCCGCUAUAGCCCCAUAUGGGUCGCUUUGGGGACUUCCUUCUCUUGUACCAAGUGAUCUAGAACGUAAUGCGGCAAUGGAAACAGCAGCGCCCGCAGCAGCAGCGACAACUGACGCAACGACGGCAAGUAAUGAACAAGCGAUGCACCCGCUUAGUGGAGUUGGUUGGAAUCCUCAGAUAUACAACGAGUCAGGCGCAACAGGCGCAUCAGACGCAACAAAGUACCGCUAUGUAGGGCGUCGCUUUUUGGGAGGCCCUAACGGCCCUGUCAUAUGCGCUUUCGACUUGCUGUUACAACAGCGUGUUGCGAAGGUGCAGCUGUUUCUGAGGGGCCCGCAAGACCCGUACUGGUGCUGCCGCUACGGGGAAGGAGACUCAUGUGUUAGGACUUAUUCUAUUAAAACUUUGGGUUAUCAGACGGCCCUACAGAAAGCAGUAGCGCUAAGGCUUGAAGCGUCUGGGCACCCCUUAGGUCAUGGAGUCGGAGACAGGGUUCUACCGCCUGUGCAGCAGCAGCAGCAGCCGCACCAAGAGCUGCUGCUUUUGCAGCAAGACACGCAGGCUUUCUUACAAGAAAUUCACUAG